AUGGAUAUUUCGCAGCCCGGGGGCUCGAUCCCCCGGGCUACGAUGGCCCAAACUGGGCGAUUAAGUGAAUCUGGUGCAAUUAUGGACACGGACAGUGCAACAAAUAGUGAAAUAACGGACAAUGGCGUCAAGAUGAUUUGGGACCCGAUUUCCAUGAAGGAAAAAUUAGUUAAAUGUUAUAAGUGCCUAAGCGACAUCAGAUGGGACGCUCUCACCUGGGGUGCCACCCAGGCGAAUACUAAACUAGUAAAAUGUGAACACUGCAAGCUAGACCUCCUAAUGAAAGCUGCGGUGAGCACAAAAAUAAGAACUAACGUACAAAGCGUAGAACUAUUUAGUGAAAUGACCAUAAGCCAAUUAGACUUUAACUCGGAAGAGCACUACAGAUGCAUAAACUAUGGUAGUGACCAAUGUGCAAGAAUCAAUCCUAAAACUGCACUAAAAAGUAUAAAUAAAGUGAAGAAAACGAAACGCGGGAAACGCGGUGGCGGUGGAAUAUUCCUCAGCGCCGCGGCCGCACCCGGCGUCGGUGCAAAGUCCAACGCUGCAGUUCCCCCCACCGCACCUGCGCGCGUCACGUGA